GCCGGAUGGGAGGCGCGGGCGGGCGGGCGCUGCGGCUCUUCCCUUUUGCUUUCGGGAAGCGGUCGGGGCUGCGCGCUCGGCUCGGCGGGGCGGCUCCGGCGCCCGGCUCCCGGUGCCCGGCCGGCGGGAGGCGCGAGGCGGGAGGCGGGCGGGGGCAGGCGGGCGGGCGGCGCGGAGCGAGGGGCUCACGUACGGCCCAGCGCUGGGAUUUCUCGGCUCGCGAGGAGAGCGGAGCAGGCGCGCGGCCCGGGCGGGGGAGCGCGGACUCUGGAGCAGCCGGAGCUGGAGGAGGAGGAGGAGGAGAGGCGGCGGGGACGCAGGAGGCGGGGGAGAGCCGCUCCCGCCCGGCGAGCAUGGGGCGCCUGGCGCCGAGGCCGCUGCUGCUGGCGCUCCUGGGGCUGGCUCUGUGUCGAGGGCGUGUGGUGAGAGUCCCCUCGGGGAGCCUGGUGCGGGUGGUGGGCACCGAGCUGGUCAUCCCCUGCAACGUGAGCGACUAUGACGGCCCCAGCGAGCAGAACUUCGACUGGAGCUUCUCGUCUUCGGGCAGCAGCUUCGUGGAGCUGGCCAGCACCUGGGAGGCGGGCUUCCCGGCCCAGCCGUACCGGGAGCGCCUGCAGAGGGGCGAGAUCCUGCUGCGGCGGACCGCCAACGAUGGCGUGGAGCUCCACAUCAAGAAUGUCCAGCCCUCGGACCAGGGCCACUACAAGUGUUCCACCCCCAGCACUGACGCCACCGUCCAGGGCAACUAUGAGGAUAUAGUGCAGGUUAAAGUGUUGGCCGAUGCCCUGCAGGUGGGUGCCGGUGCGCCGCCCGAGCCGGGCCUGAGCCUGCGCCUGGGCGAGCCGUUCGAGCUGCGCUGCUCGGCCUCCACGGCGUCGCUGCUGCACACACACCUGGCGCUGCUGUGGGAGCUGCAGCGGGGCACGGCCCGGCGGAGCGUGCUGGCCCUGACCCACGAGGGCCGCUUCCGCCCGGGGCCCGGCUACGAGCAGCGCUACCGUGUGGGAGACGUGCGCCUGGACACCGUGGGCGCCGACGGCUACCGUCUGUCCGUGGCCCGCGCCCUGGCCGCCGACCAGGGCUCCUACAGGUGCGUGGUCAGCGAGUGGAUCGGAGAGCAGGGCAGCUGGCAGGAGAUUCAGGAGAAAGCCGUGGACGUGGCCACCGUGCUGAUCCAGCCGACAGUUCUGCGAGUGGCUGUGGCCAGGAAUGUGUCUGUGGCUGAAGGAAAGGGGUUGGACCUGACCUGCAACAUCACAACCGACCGAGCAGACGACGUCCGACCCGAGGUGACAUGGUACUUCAGCAGGACGCCCGAUGGCACUUGGCCUGGCGCCCCCGUGCUGGCACGGCUGGACCGGGAUUCCCUGGUGCACAGCUCUCCUCACGUGGCCCUGAGUCACGUGGAUGCACGCUCCUACCAUUUACUGGUUCGAGACGUUAGCAAGGAAAACUCCGGCUACUAUUUCUGCCACGUGGCACUCUGGGCACCCGGACACAACAGGAGCUGGCACAAGGUGGCAGAGGCCAGGUCUGCCCCAGCCAGUGUGGAUGUGACCUGGCUAGAACCAGACUAUCAGGUGUACCUGAAUGCUUCUAAGGUCCCCGAGUUUUCAGACGACCUCACGGAGCUGGAGUGCCGCAUAGUGGACAUGAAGAGCUUGCAGGCCAGCGUCCGUUUCACGGUGUCCUGGUACUACAGGGUGAACCGGCGCAGCGAUGACCUGGUGGCCAGCGAGCUGCUUGCAGUCAUGAACGGGGACUGGACGCUGAAGUAUGGAGACCGGAGCAAGCAGCGGGCCCAGGACGGAGACUUCAUUUUUUCUAAGGAGCGUACGGACACGUUCAGUUUCCGAAUCCAAAGGACCACAGAGGAAGACCGAGGCAGUUAUUACUGUGCUGUGUCUGCAUGGACCAAACAGCGUAACGACAGCUGGGUCAAGAGCAAGGACGUCUUCUCCAAACCCGUCAACAUAUUUUGGGCAUCGGAAGAUUCCGUGCUUGUGGUGAAGGCAAGGCAGCCAAAGCCUUUCUUUGCUGCAGGAAAUACAUUUGAGAUGACGUGCAAAGUGUCUUCCAAGAAUAUUAAGUCGCCGCGCUACUCUGUUCUCAUCACCGCUGAGAAGCCUGUUGGGGACCUCUCCAGCCCCAAUGAAACCAAGUACAUCAUCUCCCUGGACCAGGAUUCCGUGGUGAAGCUGGAGAACUGGACAGACGCAUCGCGGGUGGAUGGCGUUGUGCUAGAGAAGGUGCAGGAAGAUGAGUUUCGCUAUCGAAUGUACCAGACUCAGGUGUCGGAUGCGGGGCUGUACCGCUGCGUGGUGACAGCCUGGUCUCCUGUCCGGGGCAGCCUGUGGCGAGAAGCAGCAACCAGUCUGUCCAAUCCUAUUGAGAUCGACUUCCAGACUGCUGGUCCUAUAUUUAAUGCCUCCGUGCAUUCAGACACACCGUCGGUUAUCCGGGGAGAUCUGAUCAAGCUGUUUUGUAUCAUCGCUGUUGAAGGAGGAGCGCUGGAUCCAGACGACAUGGCCUUUGACGUGUCCUGGUUCGCGGUGCACUCCUUCGGUCUGGACAAGGCUCCCGUCCUCCUGUCAUCUCUGGAUCGGAAGGGGAUUGUGACCACGGCCGAGAGAGACCGGAAGAGCGAGCUCAGCCUGGAGCGUGUCGGCGUGCUGGAAUUCUUGCUGCGAGUCCAUGGCUCCGAGGACCAGGACUUUGGCAACUACUACUGCUCCGUGACCCCGUGGGUGAGGUCCCCAACAGGCUCCUGGCAGAAGGAGGCAGAGAUCUACUCCAAGCCCAUCUUUGUGACUGUGAAGAUGGAUGUGCUGAACGCCUUCAAGUACCCGCUGCUGAUCGGCGUGGGCCUGUCCACCGUCAUCGGGCUCCUGUCCUGCCUCAUCGGGUACUGUAGCUCCCACUGGUGCUGUAAGAAGGAGGUCCAGGAGACAAGGCGUGAGCGCCGCCGCCUCAUGUCCAUGGAAAUGGACUAGGCCACGCCGGGGGAGCCGCGACAGGGGCGGUCUAGGAGCGACGGGGCGGGAGGAGGACCGCGAUCUUUUUCACGCGCAGUGUGUGACACUAGAAACCAGUCCUCUCCAAUCUCAGGUGGGACCGGGCGCUCUCUCCCCGCCGCAUGUCAAGUUCUGAGCGCGGACACGUUUACCAGCCCACGACUCUUCUUCCCACGGCACUUUCUGGUAGAACAAUCGCGUGUGUGUGUUCCCGGCUGCAGCUUUUUAAUGGUUACCCUUUGUCUAAUUUUUUUCUCCUACCGGUUUAUAGAUCUCUGACCUGUGUGUGUUCGUAUGUUUGGUUUCGAGGGGUCGCGGUGAGGAAGGACGGUGGCUCUCAGAGUUCUUUGUCUUAGGUGAGGACAGAGCUGCCCGCCGGGAGCCAGCUUCCAUGUCGGGCCCGUGUUAGGAGGGCCGCUAGACGAAGCCGUCCGCCCCGGCCCAGCGACAACACAGACCUGUGCCGCAGGCUCAUUCGUGGCUUUGACCACCCUACCCACCCCGUAUUUUCAGGGGUUUAGACAUUUGAAAUCUAAACUUGCAGUAUGUAACUUCUUACUGAGCCCAAAUGCUUUUUUUUCUUUUUCUUUUCCUUUUCCUUUUUUUUUUUUUUUUUUGCUUCUCUGCCCCCUUUCCAUUUCUUUCGUAUUUGCUUUAUGUGAGCGUGCUGAAAUGGCCCUGGAAUCUAGAAUUUGGCUCCCCACCAAGCACCUUAUCUUGCCACCUUAGCCUUAAGAAUGAAUAUGAAGAAAAAUACACAGCCACCUCUGUCCGGGGCAGUAAGAAGGUCCUCAAGGAAGACGAGGUUGGGGACGAGGGAAGGAGCAGGCCCUCACUCCAAUGGUUCUGAGGCCGCCGUGCCUCAGGGGGCCCCAGGGAGCGCAGAAGAGGGUCCUGGGGGGUCAGCUGUCCUCGGCUCGGGCCAGGAGUGUUGGGGGUGCCGGGGCUGUGUCUGGAGUAGGACGCCACCUCCGUCCCCCUCUCCUGCCCUUCGUGGGAGGCGAAGGCCUCGGCCGCCGAGGGACACCCACACGUGUACCCCACGUCCUUCGUGGCUGCUUGGGCUCCUUAAUGUGAAGGUGUAUUGCUGCUUGCAAGACUGACCAACUUCACAGAAUCAGAAAUUGCCUGGAAGAACCGUGCAUUUUCCAUGACCUUUUCAGCCCUUCGAGUCUUCGUAAGACCCCCCCGCCGGGGGUCAGCGAGCAAGGGUACGCUUUGUGGUAUGUUUGCUUUCCUGUUAGGAACACGAAGGAAACCAGCAAUUUACUGCCGUGUGAACAGCCUACAAAGUAGAUCUGAGAGCAAUCCGUUUUGCCCGACUGCUCGUACCCGGAGUAGGACGCGGACCAAAAGAGCUCCUCUGCUCCCCGAGGCAUCUGCCCCUGCAUAGCACUGGCCUUUCGGAAGCAUCCCAGUGGGCUUUCUGAGGCUCACUGGUGAGUCAUGCCCCGCACUGCAAUCCUCUGCGCUUUCAUCCUGGCUCUGACGGAUCUCACGCUGCUCUGUCUUCCGAAGGGAAAAAAGAUUCGUUUGUUUUGAGCAAUAAAGUCCUACAAAAUGA